AUGACUUCAUUCAUCAUACAAGACGUCCGUCUGUUUGACGGGGAGAAAGUCAUCGACAACGCUAGCGUACUCGUGGAAGGCGGCAUUAUCAAGGGCAUUUCUCAAGAACAUGAGAAAACUGAUCUCCCAAAAAUCUCCAAGCCAGGCCAUACAUUGCUCCCGGGUCUCAUAGAUGCCCACAGUCAUCCCUACGGGGAAGCCAGUCUAUCAGAGCAAUCCUUUCGAUUUGGCAUCACCACUUUGAUGGAUAUGCACAAUUUACAUUCGAACGCCGUACAGCAGAAACAAUGGGCGAAAGAACGAAAGGACUUCCCGGACAUCAAGAGUUGCCAUUUUGCAGCAACGAUCAAUAAUGGUUGGCCUGCCUGGGUUGAGAAGAAAUUGAGUAACAACAAGAAUGCAACCUACGAUGACUGGCCAGAUGUGGCGAACGAGGAAGAUGCCGAGCCAUUCAUUCAAAGAGCCGUUCGGGAUGGCGCUGACUAUAUUAAACUCAUGCACGAAAGUGGGAAGGCCGUGGGAUUUGAAGGGCCAACACUGAACCAGCCAAGAGAAGCCGUUCAAAAGGCUGUAGUCGAUGCUGCACAUAAACGUGGGCUAAAAGUAGUUGCGCACGCAUUAUCGCUCGAAGACACAACAGAAGUUUUGCGCGCCGGAGUAGACGGGCUAGCACACACGUUCUUUGACCAGCCCAUUACACCAGAGGUCAUCGAACUCUACAAACGCAAUAAUGCCUGGGUGAACCCGACUCUAGUCGCUGCGGGAUCCUUGACGGGGGAGUCGGAGGGGAUUAACAAGUCAUUUGCCAGUGACCCCAGGGUCAGAAGCAGAAUAUCCGAAGCGCAGGCUGAGUUAAUGCAUUCUUGUUUACACAUGAAAGCGCCGAAUGCGAAGUGGGAGUACGCCAUUGAAAGUGUUCGCCAAUUGAAAAAGGCUGGAAUAGACAUCAUCUGUGGCUCGGACGCUGCUUCAGGGGCUCCAGGCCUAGCAUUCGGGACGAAUUUACAUAUCGAGAUGUACCUUCUAGUUACCAAAGCGGGAUUAUCACCACUAGAGGUCUUGCGAGCCACAACAAGUCUGACGGCCGAUCUCUUUGGAUGGUCAGAUAGAGGAAGAAUAGCACCGGGGUUGAAGGCGGAUUUGUUGCUGGUUGAAGGGGAUCCAUUCAAUGACAUAAAGGACCUAUUGAAUAUCAGAGGAAUUUGGAGAGACGGUGUGAAGUUUGAAGGGCACCCGGGAUUCCCACUUGAAUAG